AGGGAUUCAGAUCUUUUAACUGUCACAGGUCCCUGUCCCUGCUCCUCCUCGCAGACAAAUGCAUGUUAUGCCGUUUUUUCCCCCACCUUUUAAAAAUGUCAGCGGAAAGGACCGUGUCUCUUCUUCAUAAAUAGGUGCUCACCGACAGCGAGUGCAGGAUGCGGUGGUGUCCCGGCUCUGUGCUCCACCUGCAGCGCUCUGUGCGUUUACGGCUGUGUUGCAGGCGAGGGAGGAACAGACUGCCUUUGUGGAUUAGGGAAAUUUGGGCUUAUAUGAGACUGCUGGUGCGGUCCCUUUGCUUCAACUCUCUCACAGACUCUGACGUGGUUUUCGACUCCAUCUUUGAACCGGUAUUUGUGACGGUGGAUUAUGUCACACGCUGGUUUGGCAUGGUGUUUGUCUGUCUGGUGGUGAUACUGACCAGCUCCAUCGUGGUGAUAGCCUACGUGGUUCUUCUGCCUCUGGUCCUCAACACGUACUCUCCUGCAUGGAUAGCUUGGCAUGUUUGUUACGGACACUGGAACCUCAUCAUGAUAGCUUUUCAUUACUACAAAGCUGCAAAGACCUCCCCUGGAUAUCCCCCUACAGAAAGAAAUGACAGGCCAUUUGUGUCGGUCUGCAAAAAAUGUAUCCUCCCCAAACCAGCAAGAACACAUCACUGUGGAAUCUGUAACAGGUGCAUUCUAAAAAUGGACCACCACUGUCCCUGGUUGAAUAACUGCGUGGGCCAUUUUAACCACCGUUACUUCUUCUCCUUCUGCCUCUUCAUGACAUUAGGCUGUGUGUAUUGUAGCAUCAGCGGCAGGAACCUCUUCCUGGAUGCCUACAAUGCUCUUGAGCGCUUUAAGCAUAUGGACUUAGAAAAGCCAGGCAUACCAGUAACAGGGAUGGGACUUCUCAUAGGGCUUCUCCCGUCUGGCCAGACCAACUUUCACACACCAGCACCUCCAUACUCCUUCAGGGACAAGAUGAUUCAUAAGAGUAUCAUCUACAUGUGGGUUCUCACCAGCACUGUUGGAGUGGCCUUGGGCGCUUUAACCCUUUGGCAUGCACUUCUCAUAUCCAGAGGGGAGACCAGCAUCGAAAAACAUAUUAACUACAAAGAAGCAAAGCGAAUGGCCAAAUGUGGAAAAGCAUAUAAGAACCCAUUCAGCUUCGGCAGGCUGAACAACUGGAAAAUCUUCUUUGGGGUGGAGAAAAGAAGUCACUGGGUGACACGUGUUCUCCUUCCCUCUGGACACGCCCCACACUGUGAUGGUCUGACAUGGGACAUCUCUCCAGUUAAACAGGAUCUGAUACCCGUAUGAAAACUCUGCUCCAAACCUUUGGAUAAGGUUGGCUGACAGGGACCUUGCUUGGUGGCUCCACCUUACUGAAAACACAAGUGUGGUAUCAACUGAUGCCAGACAAAUAUAAAAUACCUCAAGAACCUGUUCUGGCGUCGAGGAUGGUCCUGCAGUACGGAAUUUUCAGCAAGGAGAUAUGGCGAUGUGUCACAAAGGACCUUUCUCAGCUGGAUUUUACAAAUUGUUUAAAGCUGAUUUUACUUCAGUCUGACAGCUCUCAUAUUAUGGUUAAAAAGUUUAAUUUACUGACUGAAGUGUGAAAUGAGGAUUUUUUUAAGCAAAAAAAAAACAAUUAAGCAGUUUCAGCGAGAGCUGACUUCUGUUUAAAAAAUAAAAACAGUGGAAAAAGGUAGCAAACACUCAGCUUGAUGACACAGAGGUUCAUCUAAACACCAUCACUGACCAAAACCACUUAAAUUCUUCUCCUACAAUAUUAUUUUAUUCAAACAUUCUAGGAAUGUUUGGAUAAAAACAAUAAUGUUAUUUAUGACUAUUUUGCACCUGUCAAUAAAUUGUUAUAACUUG